GAGCUAGCGCCGGCUAGGAGAGCGAGGGCACUGUUGAGCUGAGUGGCCGGACGGCGGGGAUGGGCUCGUGUUAGCUGUUUGCUCCGGCUCCGGUUUGCUUUCGCCAUGUAAGCGCAGGCUACGGGCGCUCUCCACUUUUCCCUCCUCUGCUGGAUCCUUUCUAGGGCAGCCCGGCGGGGAUCAUGCGGAGAGCCCCGGCGCCCGGGCUGCUGCUCCCGCCGCCGUCACCGCUGUUGCUGCUGCUGGGCUUUUUGGUACUGGACAGGGGCUGCACGGCGCAAUACUCCAGCGACUUGUGCAGUUGGAGAGGAAGUGGAUUAACUCACGAGUCCCACAGAAAAGAUGUUGAACAAGUCUACCUCCGUUGUUCUGAAGGAACCAUAGAAUGGAUGUAUCCCACCGGAGCAUUGAUCGUCAAUCUGCGACCCAAUAUUAUCUCUUCCUCUUACAAACAUUGGACUGUUUGCAUAAAACCUUAUAAGAACUCUGCAGGAGCAAAUAUUUAUUUGGAAAAAACUGGAGAACUAAAACUACUGGUCCAAGAGGGAGAUCACAGACCUACCAGAGUGUAUUGCUUCAACUUUGACCAAGGUGGGCUUUUUGUUGAGGCUACCCCUCAGCAGGACAUUAGUAGGAAGAUUACAGGCUUCCAGUAUGAACUGAUAAGCAAGGGGAUGGCGUCUGAUUUGCACAUGAUUUCCGCUCCCUGCCGACCUUGCAGUGACACGGAAGUUCUCUUGGCUGUCUGCUCCAGUGACUUUGUUGUCAGAGGUACCAUCCAAAGUGUAAUCAAUGAGGAGGAUCAGCAAGAUUCCAUUAUCAGCAUAAACAUCAAUAGAAUCUACAGGCAGAAAACCAGGAUCUUCAAUUCUGCUGAGGAGAGCGGUCGGUGGCAAGGACAGAUCAAGACUCUGCUUCAGUGUGGGGUAAAACCAGGAGAGGGAGACUUCCUCUUCACAGGCAGUAUGCACUUUGGGGAGGUCAGGUUAGGCUGUGCCCCACGUUUCAAAGACUUCCAAAGGAUGUACAAAGAAGCCAAGGACAAAGGACUAAAUCCAUGCGAAAUUGGCCCAGACUGAAAUGAUGUUCUUCAGCUGUAGGUUACUCUUAGAGCUCAGCCAGAACUAAUUCUUAGUUGCUGCAGAUCUGCUGAUUUAAAUGGAACUAAUAACAAGAGAGGAACCAUCUGAUGUCAGGAACAAAAUAUUCUCCUUUAAAGAGGUCUGUAAGAGGAGACUGGAUGAGCAUUGAGGAUCCUUGAAGUCUAGAGACUCCUUAUUGCUGCUUGGAGGCUGGACUUCUUACAAAUCCCGAGAUACCUUCUAACCCUAUGACCUUAAGAACCACACAAGCUGGUCCUCACGGCCAAUAGCUUGCUUAUGGAAUUGACUGAAGUACAAAGCUAGAACGAAUCCCGUAUUUAGUCCAUUUGAACUAAAUUAUUUUUAUAAGUUCCCCAGGGUGGGGAGGAAUGAAAUGUGACACAAUCCAUGUCUUAAAAAUAUCAAUCAACCAAUGAACCUUUGAAUCUUUGUAAUGCUAAUGUGUAAAAUGUGUUAAGCAGAUGUAGCAUUUUGCAUGGUAUACACAGACGACAAUGUGGUAGAAGCCGGCGAACCCAUUUUAACAUUGAUGCUUUGUUGAAAAAGAAAAAGAAAAGAAAAGAAAAAAAAGGCUGCUUGUACAAUUUUUUAAAAAAAUGGUUUCUCAUGACAGGAAUUUAUGGAAUUAAACACUUGCUUUUCUUUUUUAAAGAGAGAGAAUGUACAAUUACCACCUGCAGUUUAUGUUCAGAGUGGAUGAGUUGUUUCCAUUCCAGAGAAAUAAAAUGUUCCUGGAUUUGAGCCAAUGUUGUUGUGAUUCCCAUGCUGCUUCUUCUGCCUUCUGCACUUUUAAAUUUAACUGAUUGGUAUCUGCACCAAGGUGGCAAAAAAGCUAUUUUAAGUGCAGAUUUUGUUUAUGUAAAACACUUGCACCACCUUCCAGAGACUGGAAACCUGCCUUCUAUCUAAAGGCAUUUGAAAAGCUGAUAGCAUCUUGAAUUGUAACACUCUACUCAGUACACCAUACCAGCUUUGCUCAAAUCUGGGCAAUUAAAGAGUGCUCUUCUGUCAUUGCUCUUCAUUUACAGAAUUUACAUUCUUGCUUAUAAAUGAGGUUUAGUGUUUCAUAAAAAAGUACAAAUGCAAAUUUAAAUACAUUUGUAUUUGUAUUAAAUAGAUUUGAAAUACAAAUUUAAUAUAAUGGAGAUGUCUUAGUACAAUCCACUCAUGCCUGAUGUAUAGUUCUCACUACUUUUUCAUUGGGAAUUGAAUUUCCAUUUAUUCUCAGUUCUAUUAUCUUCAUAAUUAUUCUUCUACACCAGUCUUUCACAUUCUCGGCUUUCGGUGUUUAUUGUAAGAACUAAAAAAAUUGGAGUGAUCAUAUAAAACAAUAGUAAAGAAAUGGAUUAUUUAGCAUUCCACAAGAACUUUGAAGGCACGGGAUAGCCUCUGUACAUUAUAAAACCAAUAAUUGAUGUAAAUUGGUGUUGCUAUAGAUGAACAACUGAAAAGGUUUUUCUGCGUACUUUUUUCAUUUUUACUUAUACAAUAAUAUAUAUUGGGUCGAAAUAUUCAGCUACUUCCAUUUGACCCAUUUAUAAAUGUAUAUACUCCACUUUUGAUUAAAUGGAUCUCCAGAUUUAUUUUGUGCAUCUUCAAGUUCAGUGUUGACUCCUGGCAACUGCCUUGACAAGUCCCUGCAGUUUUCUUGGCAAGAUGUCAGAAGUGGUUUGAACUUUGUCUCCUUCCGAGAGCUGAGAGUGUGUGUGACUGGCCCAAGUGCCUAAAAUGGACUAGAACUCAUUCUCCCAGUGUCCAGCCUGCUGCCUUAAUCACUACACCAAAUUAUAUCUCCCCAAAUUCACUUCCAACAGAUUAAAAUAUGUCUGUUACAAUAGUUGCAAAUUGAAAAUUGCAAUAAAAUCAACAAUAAACUCUCAAUAAUA